AAAUCUAACGGAACGACACGCACGGUCACGCACGGAUAACGUAGGUACAGGGCACGCGGGAUGCGUGCGAUCUGACGGACUGCGGCUCGUUACAACAGGAAUCAGCAUCAUGACCAGGUCCGUUCGGGAGGAGAAGUCAUCCAUGGAGCCGGAGGAGCAGCAGGAGCUCCGCAGCCCCGCAGACAGGGAGGCGGAGCGGGGAGCAGCGGGACCGGGAGCAGGCGGAGAGGACGGCAUGGAGGAGGACGAUGACCGCCUCCACCAUCUGGACGAGGAGGAGGAUGAGGACGAGGAGGAGGAGGAGGAGGAGGAGGAAGAGGAGGAAGACGGAGAGAACAAACCGAAGAGGCGCGGGCCAAAAAAGAAGAAGAUGACCAAGGCUCGGCUGCAAAGGUUCAAGGUGCGACGGAUGAAAGCCAACGCCCGGGAGCGGAAUCGCAUGCACGGCCUGAACGACGCCCUGGAGAGCCUGAGGAAAGUCGUCCCCUGUUACUCUAAAACCCAGAAACUCUCCAAGAUCGAGACGCUCCGCCUCGCCAAGAACUACAUCUGGGCCCUGAGCGAGAUCCUGCGCUCCGGCAAGGCGCCCGACCUCAUGAGCUUCGUCCAGGCCCUCUGCAAAGGUCUCUCUCAGCCCACCACUAACCUGGUGGCAGGCUGCCUGCAGCUGAACCCUCGGACGUUCCUCCCGGAGCAGACGCCCGACAUGGCGACCCACCUGCCCCCGGCCGGCGGCGCCCCCUACCCCGGACACUUCUCCUACCAGAGCCCCGGGCUGACGGCCGGCCUGCCCAGUCCGCCCUACGGCACCAUGGACCCCUCCCACAUCUUCCACCAGGUCAAAGGUCAGCCCUACGGCUCGCUGGAGCCCUUCUUCGACGGCGUGCUGGUGUCGGACGGGCCGGCCUUCGACCCGCCGCUCAGCCCGCCGCUCAGCAUCAACGGGAACUUCUCCUCGUCCUUCAAGCACGAGCCCAUCGCGCCCGCCGACUACGACAAGAGCUUCUCCUUCAGCGUGCACUACGGAGGGGGGGCGGCGGGAGGCGGGGGGCACGCCGCCAUCUACGGCGGCGGGGGGGCCAACCCGCGGUGCGGGGAGCUGCAGGUGGACGGGCUGAUGGGCUUUGACGGACACUCGCACCACGAGCGGCUGAUGAACGCCCAGCUGAACGCCAUCUUCCACGACUCGUGAGGAGGAGGAGGCCUGGGGGCCGGACGGCCGCCGGAGGCAGAGGGACAGACGGCCGCCGUGCUCCCAUCGCUGAACACCUGUCUCUUCAUCUCUCUUCUUUCUGUCCGCGUCGGGCUCUGAAACUCUUUCCGAGGGGAGCGGCGGCGGCGGCGGAGGCGUCACACCUACGAUGUAAAACUUCUCUGCAGCGCUUCGCCCUGCAGGAGACGCUCGCUGAAUGUCUCGCUAAUAUCAAUAUUGUCACUGAAAAAUAAUCAAUAAUCAAUGAGCAAUAAUCAGGAGGAAACUAUGCAAUUUUGUUAAAACCUGAGCGACGCUCAGCUGAUGAUUCCAAAUGUUGAAAGAAAUAAAGAUUUCUCUAUUUUUGGGUGGGUGUGUGAGGCGUGACGCUGGGCUGAAGUGUUCAUGUUGUUCAUGUGGUUUUUACUUUUUGCUUUUUAUAACGUUCUCGUAGUGGUCUGUUAACAUUUCAUGUGACUCUUGUUCAUAUUUUAUAAGAUAGAUGUUUAUAAAAGGCCUUUUAUUAAAAGGAAUUCAAUGGGAUU